GAAGUGAAAGUCAUUGGUUAACGUAUUAUAUCUGGCACUCAAGCAUUCUAGACUUCUACUUCGGAGAGUUAUCACCUGCAGAACAGUCAAAGAACAAUUUCUAAGCUGACCUCUCGGCCAGUGGCAGACCAGUGCAUCCCACAGAAAUGAGUGCCCUGCAUUUCGGUGCUGUGUUGUCUUCCUUCAUCAGCCUUCUAUUUCUGAUCCUUGCCUUGGCCACAGACUAUUGGAUAGACAAUAGUCUAUCCCGAACCCAUCUGGGUCUAUGGAAAGUUUGUGAGGACCAUAAAUGUUACCCACUUCGUUUGGAAUUGAUGAGAGGUUCUUUACGUGCCGUCCGAGCCUUCAUGUUUCUGGGGAUGAUUAGUGGCGUUGUCUCUCUCGGUGGGCUUUGUGUCCUGUUUUGGAAACCCCUUCUUGGCAAUAUCUCCAUGAGCAGGACUGCAUGGUAUGGCAGCUUUUCUGCAGGCCUCUGCGUCAUGAUUGCCAUGUCCAUUUUCACAGGAGUUAUUGACACCCCCUACUAUGGAUGGUCUUUUGGCUUGGGUUGGGCCUCUUUUCCUUUGUAUCUUCUAACUGGUGGUCUUGCUUAUACAUUGCAUAGGAGUACAGCAGCAACAGCGUAGGAGAAAUAUGACACUGUCCUUGGAGAUGACCAGGGAAACUGAAUUGGUAACCUGGAGGCACAGAUCGGAAUUAUUGGUCCUGUA